CCGAGUCCGAGGGUUUGUAGCUUCACUCUCUAUCUCAAACUUGGAGGCUGUCACUGCCUGCCUACACAUAUGACGCCUUGGCAAGCUGCAAGUCAAUUUAAAUUGAUUGCCGUUGCACUCGCCGAGCAGCUGCCGACCAUGGAGGAAUGGUUCAGCUUGUGUCUCAUAGCCCUGCUCACGCUGCUGGCAAUUUCGUUUCUGAAGCUGCUCUCCGCUCGCAACAACAGGCCCAAGAAGCAGCUGCCUCCAGGGCCAUGGACGCUCCCCAUCAUAGGCAGCCUCCACCACGUCGUCAGCGUCCUCCCGCACCGCACAAUGGCGGACCUGUCUCGCCGUCACGGGCCGCUAAUGCACCUCAGGCUGGGCGAAGUCCCCACCUUGGUGGUCUCCAACGCCGAGGUGGCGGCGCUGGUGAUGAAGACCAACGACCUCGCGUUCGCGGGCCGGCCGCGCAGCGCCACGCAGGAGAUCUUCGGAUCCCGCGGCAGGGACAUCGCCUUCGCCCCCUACGGCGAGCCGUGGCGCCAGAUGCGCAAGGUCUGCGUCAUGGAGCUCCUCGGCUCCAAGCAAGCGAGGCGCGCCGAGGCCAUCAAGGCCGAGGAGGUGGGCAACCUCGUGCGCUCCAUCGCCGCCGCUGCCUCCGCCGGCGCCACCGUCAAUGUGAGCCAGAUGGUGACGGCGCUCAGCAACGACGUCGUGUGCCGUGCGGUUUUUGGCGGAAAGUUCACGCGGCAGGAGGAGUUCAUCCGCGAGUUGCACCAGGCCAUGGAGCUGGUGGCGGGGUUCUGCCUCGUCGACCUCUUCCCGUCGUGGCGGCUCGCGCGCUGGCUUAGCAACGGCGAAAGACGUCUGAGGAGGAGCCACGGUCGCAUCGAGCGCAUCAUCGCCGACACUGUCCAGGAGCGCAAGGCGGCUCCAGCUGCCCGCGGUGGCGAUUGCUGCACCGACGAAGAGGACCUGCUGGGAGUGCUGCUCAGGCUGCAGCGGGAGGACUCGUUGGAAUUCCCUCUAACCACAGAGAUCAUAGGCGCCGUCUUGUUUGACGUGUUUGCUGGUGGCACUAUUACCACAGCAACAAUUUUGGAGUGGACUAUGUCAGAGCUUGUGAACAAUCCUAAAGCCAUGGCUAAGGCACAACUAGAGAUUCGUGUGGUGCUCGGUGAAGACCGUGCUGUCAUUACUAAUUGUGACAUCGCAGAACUCCAAUACCUGCGGAUGGUCAUCAAGGAAGCUUUCAGGUUGCAUCCACCCUUUCCUCUAGUACCCCGCAGGGCCAGAGAGGACUGUACAGUCAUGGGUUAUGACAUGCUUAAAGACACCAAUGUAUUAGUUAAUAUCUUCGCAAUUUCAAGAGAUCCAAGAUCCUGGAAAAAUCCUGAACAGUUUGAGCCUGAGAGAUUUGAGAAGAACAUCAUGGAUUAUUAUGGGGCAUACUUUGAAUUAAUUCCCUUCGGGGCCGGCCGACGACAAUGUCCUGGGAUGUUGUUCAGCACGUCGACCGUGCACAUCACAUUGGCAAACCUGUUGUAUCACUUUGAUUGGAUGCUUCCUGAUGGGGAUAGCCUAGCUUCAUUUGACAUGUCUGAGAAGUUUGGGUUGACAGUAAACAGAAGGAAUGAUCUUCAACUCAGAGCUAUUCCACAUGCGGGCUUCAAGGCUACAUCAUCAAAGUGAUACAAAGAAGUGUAUUUAUGCAUGGAAAUGUAUAUUCAUAUUUCCGCCCCUUUAGCAUAUGUCAUUAUUGCACUGUACAAUUUAUGCAUUAGAAUAAGAGAAGCUCAUUGCAAACGUUGUGUUCA